AUGUCUAAGCCCACUUAUAUCCGAGAGCAGUUUUGGGAAAUGGUAAGGAUGGUGUUAAUGGAGUGUAAGGGAAAUGAAAAUAUUAUUAUGCUAGGAGAUUUUAAUGGAAGGGUUGGGGUGAGGAGGCUUGGUUAUGAAAGGAUAUUGGGAACGUUUGGUGAUGAAAGUAUAAAUGAGAAUGGUGAAAGUCUCCUCACCGUAUGUAUGGAAAAGAAUCUUUUUGUGACGAACACUUGCUUUCGCCACAAGAGGAUUCACAUGUAUACUUGGGAAAGAGGUGACGAUAGAAGCAUGAUAGAUUUAAUAAUUGUGGAUGAAAGAUUGAGGGGCGCAGUUGUAGAUACAAGGGUUUACCGGGGUUCUAACGUAGGAACGGAUCAUUAUUUGGUUCUAUGCCGAAUUAAUGGUCUAUUCAGGCGUUGGCGCCAUCGGUCAUCUGUGUCUACCACUGCGUUACAGCGUAUUAGAACAGAAAGGUUACAAGAUGAAGGUGAGAAAAAGAAGUUCAAAUGUAGACUGAAAGAAAAUAUAAGUGGUUUGGAUGAAUUAUGUAUGAAGGAGUUAGACUUGGAGAAUGUAUGGCAAAAUGUAAAGAAAGGUUUAGUGGAUGCAGCAACCGAAGUAUGUGGUGUUAGUAAGAGAAAGAAUGAAAGGAAAAAUAAUACGUUAUGGUGGGAUGAUGAGGUAAGUAUGGAAGUUGAAGCAAAGAAGAGAGCAUGGCUAGAUUUACUAGCAACAAAGGCUGGUAAUUCUAGCGGUACGAAUGAUGAUAUUGAAAGAAAAAAGGCAGUCUUUAGACAUCUUAAUAAGAGAGUAAAAGAAGUAGUUGAAAGAAAAAAGCAAGAAAGAACGGAUAAGAAUGAUAGAAGAAUAUCGGAUAAUUUCCAGGCAAAUAUUAAAAUGUUCUGGAAACUUGUAAGAACUGCCAGGGGACAUUCAAAACAGCCUAUGAUGAAUGCUAUAAGAGACGAGAAUGGCUAUAUUCUGAAUGAUGAAGUUUUGAGUUUAAAGAGAUGGAAGGAAUAUUUUGAAAGUGUGUUUAUGAGUGAGGAGACAACGUGUGUACUAAGUGAAGUAGAAAUUCCGAAAGAAGAGGAAAGAGGUAGCGAGAUUAGUGUAGGUGAAAUAAUGAAAGCAAUGAAAAGCAUGAAAGCAGGUAAGGCUGCCGGAUAUGAUAGAGUUUCACUCGAAAUGCUAAGGGCUGGAGAGGAAGUGGUGGCAGGCCUGCUGCACACCUUGUUUAAUUUAUGCUGGGAACUGAAGCGGGUACCGGUAGACUGGUGCAAAGCCGUGAUAGUCCCAGUAUAUAAGGGAAAAGGGUCGCAGCAGGACUGUAAAAACUACCGUGGCAUCAGCCUUCUUAGCAUUGUGGGAAAACUGUAUGCUAAGGUACUGAUUGAAAGGGUCAUGAAAGAAACUGAUGGAAAAAUUUGGGAUGUGCAAGCAGGAUUUAGAAAGGGAAUGGGAUGUACAGAUCAAGUCUUUUCCAUGCGCAUGAUCGCGGAGAAGUUUUUGGCCAAAAACCAAAAGGUUUUUUGUGCGUUCAUGGACUUGGAAAAGGCCUAUGACAGAGUGAAUAGGGAUGUGCUAUGGCAAACACUGAACUCAUUUGGGUUGAGCGCUGGCUUGAUACGGGCAUUGGAGUCCCUUUAUAGGGACUCUAGUGCUUGUGUUAGGAUCAACGGGGUCUACUCGGACUGGUUUGACAUCCAUAAAGGUGUCAGACAGGGCUGUGUAGCUUCCCCGUGGCUGUUCAACCUAUUUAUGGACAGUUGUUUGCAAAAUUUGAAAGUUGAAGAAUGCGGAUUAAGAAUGGGUGAGUUAACCGUCAAAUGCCUUUUGUACGCCGAUGAUCAAGUUAUACUUGCGUCGUCGGCGGCCGAGUUGCAAAUGAUGGUUACAUUAAUGAACAGAUCAUUAAAAGAAAGGGGUAUGAAAGUGAACGCAAGUAAGACGAAGGUUAUGGUUUUUGAAAGAGAAGAAAGUAAAACGAUUUGUGAAAUAAGAAUAGAAGGGGAGUUGAUCGAGCAAGUAGAUGAGUUUGUAUAUUUGGGCUGCGUAUUUAGCAGGGAUGGGAGAUAUGAUAAGGAUAUAGAACGACGAGUGAAUGCGGGAAAUAGAGUAAAUGGGGCCCUGCACUCUAUUGUGAAGAGUCAAAAUGUGUCGAAAAAGGCACGUAUGGCAAUUCACAAUGCUGUGUUGGUCCCUACUUUAACAUAUGGUAGUGAAAGUUGGGUGUGGCAGAAGAAGCACGAGAGUAGAAUGAACGCAGUAGAAAUGCGGUCGUUAAGGAGUAUGUUAGGGCUGAAUCUUAAUGACAGGGUAAGAAAUUGUGUAAUAAGAGAAGAGUGUGGUUUGCAAGAUGAUGUUGUGACCAGGAUUAAGAAAGGAAUGCUUCGGUGGUUUGGUCAUGUGGAAAGAAUGAAUGAGGAAAGAGUGACAAAGAAAAUUUAUGUUGCAGAAGUGAAUGGCAGAGUCGGAAAGGGACGUCCUAGGCGAAAAUUUAUCGACCAAAUUGGCGAUUUAUUGAAAACGGGCCAAAUUAGGAGUACCCUUAACCGACGAGCAUGUAUGCGGAGGUGUAUGGAUGUGAAGGAGGCGAGAGAGGUGUGUCAGGAUCGUGCCAAAUGGAAGUCUGUAGUCUCUGCCUACCCCUCUGGGUGA